AUGGUUACGCCACCGUUGCUGCUGCUCGGCGCCAUCUUCGUCGUCAGCUCUACAUUGUUCAUCUUGCUGAAGAAAGCAAGACGUGAAGUGUUUCUGAAUCGCCUUCACUGGGAGCGCCGACGAUUCUCUGGUUCGAAGACCCCCCCUCGGUCUUUAUCACCGACGAAGGAAGACAACAGCUCCGUACCAGACUAUUCAGACGUGUACCCUCCAUCUCGCAAGAUCGCACUGGCGGACAUUCCCGGUUUCGCUGAGAAACUAGGCAAGUCUCAGGAGGAUGUGAUACUCUCUGCUGAGAAGCGAGAAAGCGUGCCCCUUGCUACUGAGCUCCACGAUGCGAAAAAGACCAUGUCUACUCCGUGUGAGUUCACGGUAGAGGAGAUCGAAGCACUCGGAGACUUCCCCGACUACGCUUUGCUCAGUGGCAUACCCCUUCCCAGACCAUAUCCUAAUUUCGACAUCAAGAAGGCGAAGCCGAGGCCAUACAGGCCUUUCCGAUGGGCAUACCACCAGACAAUGUCUCUCACAAAGAUGGAGCCGGACUGGUGGCUAGAGCUCGAAAGCACGUACGCAGAACGUAUGCGGCAACGAAAGGAAAUAUAUGAGAGAGAAGGCGAGAACGUGCUGAACAUGCUCCCUGGGUCAUACUUUGCUUGUAAAGAAUUGAUGGAGAUGGGUCUCCAAUUCCUCUGUGCACGCUAUCCGCAGCACUUCCGCCUAGACAUGGAGAAGAUGGUAUUUUACAACGGCAUCUUAGAAACGGAGUCGGACCUGAAGAACACUCAUCCGCUCCAUGUCCUUUUCAACAAUGUCCCCGAAGACUUCGCCAUCACGAUGCGAAACUCUGAAGAUGGCCUAUACAGCUUCCGCGCGGGCACGAUCUGCAGCGCUUUGGGGUGGAACGUGGGUUCAAAGAUCGGCAAGACUCUGCCUGAGAUACACGCACCUGUGCCAGAUUACAAGGAGAAGAUGCAGUUAUCAAUGGAUCGUUACUUUACAAAGAAGCCUACUGAUAAGGCUAUUCAACGUGGGUCAUGGGGCCUCGAAGUGGAUCAACCCCUCUAUAUGCCGCCCGGUGACCCACACGAGAAGCUCCGUGACGUACAAAUGCCAGAGCUCGACAUCUCGCGCUGCAAUCUUCGAGUCGACUGGCAGACUCUGCGACGUCUGCCCCUAUCGGGUGCUAUCGUCUUUAACUUCAAAGCACUCUUCACGCCCAUAGAGGAGUUCCGCAACGAACCUUAUGUACCGGCGCUGGUAUUGAAGGUGCUGAACGAGGCGAAGCCGAACUUGAUGGCUUACAAGAACACUUGGCAUACCGAGCACGUUGUCAAGCCUGCAUUGGACAAAUGGGCGAAGGAGCAGGUUGAAAAGGGAUGGGUUCCCGAGGACUGGGAGCCGCAUACGCUGGAUGAAAGCCCGUACUUCUCGGGGUGGGAGGAGAAGUGGCAUCAGCAACAGGGCUUCUAA